CCAAAGCAGAGGGACCGAGCCUGAAAGAGCAUCUCCAGCCACAGAAAGGACGAAUCCAAGCCCAGCCAGGUUGCACCAGGCCCUUCUCGGCAACCCGGAUCUCCUUGGAAACAAGGUGGUAAACACAAGGUUCGAGGCAGGGGAGCGAUACGUAAACAAGUAACCUGAGAUGGAUGGACAGCUGAGGUCUUCCAGUCAGGCGUUGUGUCCGGUUGGCGUUUGCAUUUGUUCUUUCCAGCAGCCCAAUCAGGGGAGGAGGGUGUAGGCCAGAAGAAGGGAGGAAACCCAAGGAAGAGAUAGGCCUGUUUUCCCCCAACUCUACAAGGAAGCAUCCAUAGUUUCAGGUGGAAGCAACAGGUAACAGAUUCAAGAUGCCGGGCACAGCACGACAUGACAGGGAAAUGGCAAUCCAGGCCAAGAAAAGGCUUUCCAAUACCACUGAUCCAAUCGAGAAGCUACGCCUUCAGUGCCUGGCAAGAGGUUCAGCAGGCAUCAAAGGCCUGGGCAGGGUUUUCCACAUCAUGGAUGACGAUAAUAGCAGGACCCUUGAUUUCAAAGAGUUCUUGAAAGGACUCCAUGAUUAUGCUGUGCUGAUCGACAAAGAAGAAGCUGAAAAAAUUUUCAAAAUCUUUGACAAAGAUGGAAAUGGAAUAAUUGACUUUGAUGAAUUUCUCCUCACAUUAAGACCUCCUAUGUCUAACGCAAGGAAAGAAGUCAUCAUGCAAGCUUUUCGAAAGCUAGAUAAGACAGGGGAUGGUGUCAUCACCAUUGAAGAUUUGCGAGGAGUCUACAAUGUAAAACAUCAUCCCAAGUACCAAAAUGGAGAAUGGACUGAAGACCAAGUUUUUAGGACUUUCCUGGAGAACUUUGAUUCACCCUAUGAUAAGGAUGGACAGGUCACAACAGAUGAAUUCAUGAACUAUUAUGCUGGUGUCAGCGCUUCAAUAGACACUGAUGUCUAUUUCAUCGUGAUGAUGAAAAAUGCUUGGAAAAUCUGAUAGCAUAAAAUGAUUCUUUGUCGUUAUUCUGCUUUAAACAUCUCCUUCAUCCAACAUGUAGGACAGUGAUUAUACUAUGUGGAAUUACUGUUAGCAGCUUUUACUGAA